UUAGAAUUAAUAUAUUAAAAUCUAAAUAUAAAAUUAUGGACCCAAGUUGACCAUCAACUGUCGAAUUUGUUCCUGACACUGAACAAGGAAUUCUAACAUACUUGCAAAAUCAGUUAAAAUUAUUCAAAAAAGAAUAUAUUGAACACAAAUUGCAGAAAUUUAGGAAGAGUUUGGCUACUCCAGAAGAAAAGUACAAAAUUCGAUUCAAGGAAGACUUUAUCGAAAUCCGGAAAUCAGUAUGAGACGGUCUACAAAAAAUGUUAUGGGAUUUACACGAAAAGGAUAACAAAUAAAGACUAUCUGCUAAAAUGCUUUCAAUGGUAUCAUAAAGUCAGGUGAUCAGAUCCAAAUUUCAGGGCUGCGAAGAUUAUCAAAAAGACUCAGGCAAUUUGCCUCAAAGUCGGAUCACGAGAGAAAACAAUGGAGAAAUACGAAUCUCGAAAUUCAAGCGCAAGAGAGUCUAAAACUACCAAAUUUGAAAAUUUUAUCAAACUGAAAUAAGACAGAAAUCAAAGCUAGGAAGAGAAGAGUCAAUGUUCUAAUCAAAUUGGACACAAAGACAAGGACUAUACCUCUCCCUGAACCCCCAAAGAAAAGCCUUCAAGUGUUGAUCAAGAAAAACCUUCUAGAUCCUAAAAAGCCUAAAAAUAAGGAAGAGUCGACUAAAAUAAAUGCUCAGAGUAUUUCAGAAUCAUUUCUUCGGAAAUUCUUGCUCGAAAAGGCUAGAUCCGUAAACCCACAACAGAUAAAAAAGAAAAAUCCCAUAAUUCUGAAGACAAAGAAGAACCAUCUGAAGAGACAGAACGAGCUCAGGAAGAGUAUUUUAGAGUCAAAGAAAAGAGUCGAGGAUAUCAAGAGAAGAAACCAGGUUUUAGAACGGCAGAAGUUGCAUAAACUUGCCAGAUCACAGCUGCAGUCUCGAGCUCCUUCAGCAUUUAGCCUAUCUGCUGAGGAAUUUGAGAAGAAAAAUAAGAAGUUUAUGAGCAAGAUGAUGGGCAAUACUAUCAAGCUAUAGCAGAGAUUAUGCCACAGAGACGAUCUGUCGAUGGGAGAAUUCGGCCCACUAAGAUUAAUUUCGUACCAAGCUGAGGUAACUUCAAUACUGCUGAGAAGGAAGUCCCGUUACAAGAAACAACCAUUAAUUAAGAAUCUCGGGAUAUCGCAGACAGAGGAUCAAGGAUUGUUUGAACAUUAAAAUUA